AUGGAGCAGGCCCUGAAGGAAAUUCGCCAAGAACUGGGAGGCGAUGACAUUAUUUCGACUGAUCCUGAGGACUUGCAUGCUCACGGCUACUCUGAAUGGUCGACGACCAACCCCGAUGGUCUUCCUGUGGCAGUCGCGUACCCGCGAUCAACGGAACAGGUCUCGACGAUUGCACGCGUGUGUUUCAAGUACAACGUCCCUAUCAUCCCUUAUUCUGGUGGUUCCAGUUUGGAAGGCAACUUCUCAGCUCCGUAUGGCGGAAUCAGCGUCGACUUUGCCUUCAUGGAUAGAAUUCUCUCUUUCAACAAGGAAGAUAUGGAUAUUGUUGUCCAGCCAAGUAUUGGAUGGCAGGAUUUGAAUGAGAAGCUGGCGAAAAUGGAGAGUGGUCUCUUCUUCCCCAUUGAUCCGGGUAAGGAUUGUGCCGAUGUAUGCGAUUCGUUAUAA